AUGGGCUUGGAUGGACCUGGCAUCGAGGCUCUCAGACAUGAGUUCUGCGAGACCGGCCCUUCGGGUUACCCACGCUGCAUGAGUUGGGGGCCAACCCAAUUCAUGAAUGGUGGCCAGUGGCCUCAGCCGGUUGAAGAAGAUGACCGUGGUCCCGCGGACGUUUUUCACAGGGCCCGAGGCAGAUGCGAAGCUAAGGUUGCCGCGCAGGUCCCAAAGAAGCCUGCCUGGCCUUCGCCAGCAGCCGUAGAGAAGGGCGACGGCCUGGCUUCCAAGAGAUUGGCCAUCGUUGUACCUGCAGCACUGUCCAGGACGUUCAUGUUGCACGGUGUUUCGCCAUCUCGGCUCAGUGUCGAUCGAUGUCGUGCAAUGUGGGUGUCGGGCAGUCUCCCAGUUGGCCUGCUGGUGAUCGUGAUCGACACGGCAAACGGCAGGCUCGGCUCACCGGAUCUUCAUCUGCGUGGGUUACUGCUGAGCCCCUCACAGCCACUGUUUGCCAACAGUUCGGCACGCAUCGCUGCGAGUCACGCUUGUGGUCCAGACGCACUUCCAGGGUCUGUAUAUCCAGUCACGGAAGGAUAUGAAAUCCACAAAGCUACCUCGAAAGACUGGCACUGGUCCGAAAGCGGGCUACGGCAAUGCGCUGACGGAGUAGCAACUUGUACCUAUCGAGACGACUACGGUCCAGGUGCUUACUGGUGUCCUCUCCUGGCUGGAUCGGUUGCAGAUCGGCUGCUCUGCCACUGCAAGCAAUGCCCAUGCCAACAAGGCAUGGGUGGCUUUAUGUGCAGCAGUUGCCUGGAAGACUCUGCAUGCGGCACCGGGCGUUGCUCGAAGUCAAGAGCCCUAGACGCGGCACAGGACAAGGCUUUCACCUGCAACUUUUCGGACUCUUUUAGGAAGUCUCCAUCAUACAAGCUGUUUUGGCCAGCUGGUUGGGCAAGCCCCCAAAUUCUAAUUCAGUAUAGCAGUGGAUCCAGAAGCGCAAGCCUGGACUUCAUAAGCAGCAUGUGCAGCGAGCAUCAGCCUAUCUUGAUGCAGUGCAAGUGUGGAGAAUGUGAGACAAGGUCUGACGAAGUCAGCCCUUCCGGAAUGAGGAUAUUUGGUCAAUGCGCGCCACUGACCAGCCCUUGUGUGAAGUGCGCAGAAUGCCGGUGCGACUUCCCAGAAGAAUCCUAUCUGGCAGACACAACAAGGGCAGUAAUUAGCAAAAUUGGCGCCGGUCUGGUCUUCAGCUGCCAAGACGGACCAGAGCCGACGGGCAGUUGCCAAAGCAUAUUUGAAGACCUGCCCAUGAAAAUGGAACUAGAAUGCUCAACAGGAGUGUGCAUCCCUAAUUAG